GUAAGUGAGUUUGUGUAAUCGAUUUUGUGAGGUUUUAUUGCUUCAGACUUUUGCUUUAGUGUGUUCAGUCUAUAUGAGUCUUUUACUAAAGAACAGCUAUGAUAAAAGGAGUUUUGCUUUGCCUGUGCUUGGCCCUGGCCCAUGUUUGGACAGCCCCCAUACAGACAGACUCUAGGCCUGUGGUUGUUCUGAGGCAUGGCAGUGUCCGUGGGCAAAAUAUAAAUGUUAAAGGCUCAGAAAAGUCGGUGGAGGAAUACUUGGGGAUCCCUUUUGCCCAGCCACCCAUUGGUCCUCUCCGUCUAGCUGCACCCAAACCUAUAGAGGGAUGGGAGGGCAUAAGAAAUGCAACCCAACAGCCUCUCAUGUGCCUUCAAGACACAGACAUUGUGGUUUUAGUAGCAAAAACCAUGUCUUUGGAAUUCACACCCACUGGAGUCUCAGAGGAUUGUUUGUAUCUGAAUGUUUACACUCCUUCUGAAAGAUCAAAUUCAAAGAAACUUCCAGUAAUGGUUUGGAUUCAUGGAGGGGGCCUAACCAUGGGUGGAGCUUGCAUGUUUGAUGGAUCCCCAUUGGCGGCCUAUGAGAACAUAGUUGUGGUUGUAAUACAAUACCGACUUGGAAUGUUAGGAUACUUCAGCACUGGAGAUAAGCAUGCCAAGGGAAACUGGGGCUUCCUAGACCAGAUUGCAGCUUUACAAUGGGUGCAACAAAACAUUGAGGGUUUUGGAGGAGACCCCCAAUCUGUCACCAUAGCUGGGGAGUCUGCAGGUGGAAUCAGUGCCUCUUUGCUUACAAUGUCACCCAUGGCCAAGGGUUUGUUUCAUCGGGCCAUCUUUCAAAGUGGGGUAGCAACUGUGGCAAGUUUCUCCAACAAAGAACCACUGGUGAAUGCCAAGAUGUUGGCGAAUGUUACCGAGUGUGACUUCAGCACGGCUGAAGUAAUGGUCAAAUGCAUGAAAGAACUGACUGAGGAACAAAUAAUUAAUGCAACUAAAAAGCAAAAGAUCUACCUUGGAGCAACAGUUGAUGGGGAAUUUCUUAAAGAUACAGCAGAGGAGGUAAUGAAGAGCAAAGACUUUCACAAAGUUCCAGUUCUUCUGGGUACGACAAACCAUGAAUUUGGAUGGAUACUCCCUCAGGUCUUUGCCUCAGCAGGAUGGGAAAAAGGGAUGAACAGACAAUCAGUGUUAGCAGUGAUGAACAUGUUAAAUAUAGCUGGAUCUCCGGAAGCCAAUGAAAUCAUAGCAGAAAAAUACUUAGAAGAUGCUAAAACUCCAGAGGAUACCCGUGAUGCAUUUACUGAUAUGCUGGGAGAUCUUUUUAUGGUGUUCCCCAUGAUUAAAACUGCAGCUUACCAUAGAGAUGCUGGAGUGCCUGUGUUUAUGUAUGAGUUCCAGCACAGGCCCAGUAUAUUUAAAGAUCUCAGACCCAGCUUUGUAAAUGCUGACCAUGCAGAUGAUGUUGGUUUUGUGUUUGGGGCCUGCUUUUGGAAUGGCCAUAUCAAAUUAAUAGGCAACCUCAGUGAGGAGGAAAACAAACUUUGCAAAACAAUCAUGGGGUACUGGGCUAACUUUAUUCGGAAUGGCUCACCAAAUGGACUCGACCUGGUGUAUUGGCCUGUGUAUGACCAGUCUAAUAAAUACAUGAACCUGGGAUUGCAGCAAUCAGAGGGGCAUGAUCUAAAGAUGGACAAACUGCACUUCAUCAGUGUAGAAGUACCUCAAAAGCUUGCCGCACUUCGCACAGCUUAAUGAGUAAUUAAGCAUGGUGUUUCUAUAAUAAAUUUAUCAAAUUAUGCUUGAAUGAUUAUUUUUUCCCCUCAAUCCACUUAAAUUGCAUAAGUGCAUAUAUGAUUGUUAGUGAUAAAGUGUGUUGGAAAGAUGUGGAGAUAUGUUGUUUAUGUUAUAAUAUAUAUAUAUAUAUAUAUAUAUAUAUUAAAGUAGCAACUGAUUGCUGUAAAAGGUGAAUAUUGUCUUUUUUGGAACACAGAAGUAAACGUUUGGAGGGUAAACUUUGUCAGCGGUGAAUGGGAGAUCACAGCAAAUAUUAUUUUCACUUACCCAUUUGCUCCAAGAGCAAAAGAAAAAUCCACGAUUACAUUUGAAUGACUUUCCAGAAGAGGAAAAAAAUAGAGCGAUUGAUUAAGACAGUAAAGUGUGUAGGGGCGUGGGUAGCUCAGCGAGUAUUGACGCUGACUACCAACCCUGGAGUCGCGAGUUUGAAUCCAGGGUGUGCUGAGUGACUCCAGCCAGGUCCCCUAAGCAACCAAAUUGGCCGGGCUGUUAGGGAGGUUAGAUUCACUUGGGGCAACCUUCUUGUGGUCGCAAUUAGUGGUUCUCACUCUCAAUGGGUCAUGUGGUAAUUUGUGUGUGGAUCACGGAGAGUAGCAUAAGCCUCCACAUGCUGUGAAUCUCUGCGGUGUCAUGCACAGUGAGCCAUGUGAUAAAAUGCGCGGAUUGACGGUCUAAAAAGUGGAGGCAACUGAGACUUGUCCUCUGCCACCCAGAUUGAGGUGAGUAACCAUGCCAAAACGAGGACCUACUAAAUAGUGCAGGAAGCAAAAUGUGGGAUGUCCUUAGCUUAAAAUCUUUAAUUUAAAAAACUUUUAUAUUUAAAUUUUAAAGAAACAUACUUGUUUCUUGUAGUUGAUGUUGUUGUGUAAUGUGUUUUAUUAUUGUACCUUUAUUGCUUUUAUUGUAACUAUGUAUGUAAGCCGCUAUCUUGACCAGGACUCCCUGGAAGAAGAGAUCAUGUAUCUCAAUGGGACCUUCCUGGUUAAAUAAAGGAUAAAUAAUUAAAUUGUGGGAAUUGGGCAUUCCAAAUUGGGGAGAAAAGAGGAUAAAAAGAUAAAAUGGGAGAAAAAAUUAAAUCCAGGGUAAUAUAACACAUGCAAUAUUGUAAAAAAUUAUAAUAUAAAAAAAUUGCGAUUUACGCUGCUAAACAAGGCGGAAAUGCAUCAUCACAGUCUGUGGAAAAAUUUAAAUUAAAAAUGUGCAGUUAAUAUUUGUGAAACCUUUAUUGACAAAAUACAGUGUAGUAUCCCUGCUAGUAAUGAUUAUGAUAAGUCUUUUUAUGAAUCUGAUUUAAAUUGUGAAGAAGUUUGAAAGGCACUUCAUUCAAUGAAUAAAGGAAAAUCUCCUGGCAUUGAUGGUCUCACUGUAGAAUUUUACUCUAUUUUUGGGAAAUUAUUAAAUGCCCUUUAUUCAACAUCUAUAAGAAUGCAUCAUUCAAAGAGAGAUGAAGGCAACUAUGAAACAGGGAUUAUUUUCCUCAUCCCUUAACACAAAAAAUAUAUACUUUCAAUUGACAUUUGGUGCCCUAUUACGCUUCUAACUGUGGAUUAUAAAAUUCUGACUUUGGUUUAUGCCAAUAGAUUAAAAUUGAAUCUUGGUUCCGUUAUAUCUUAAACGCAAUCUGUUUUUUUAAAGGGCCGUCAUAUAUCCAACAAUAUAAGAUUGGUCCUAGAUUUGUUGGAUUACAUUGAUUCCGUGCACUCUCAAGGUCUUAUUCUUUUUCUUGAUAGUCUUAAUCAAGAAAAUGUUGUUUGGUUUUGGGGAUUCUUUUGUUGAUACAAUUUCUAUGUUUUAUAAAGGAAUGAACAGUUCUGUUGUUAUUAAUUUUGAAACUUCCCAGAGAUUUGAUAUACUGUGUGGUGUGAGGCAGAGCUGCCCAAUCUCUUUUUUAUUUGUAUUAGUUACUAUUAGAGUUGUUAUCUGUGAGCAUUGUUCAGAAUCGAGAAUUGAAAGGAAUCUCUGUUUUUGGGAGGGAAAUUAAAAUUUCACAAUUGGCUGAUAACACUACGUUGUUCUUAAAAGAUGAAAAGCAUGUGUCAAAGGCUUUAUAUUUAAUCAAUCCAUUUUCUUGUGCUUCUGGUUUCAAAUUAAAUAUUUCAAAAUGUGAGAUCAUGUCUGUUCAUGAUUUUAAUUAUGACUCGAUAGAAAAUAUUCAGGUUAAAUUGGUUAAAUACCUAGGCAUUGAUAUUACAAAAAAUCUUUUGUCGAGACAACACCUAAACUUUUCAACUAGGAUAAUUAAAUCUAAAAACAUUCUUAAUAUCUGGCUACAAUGGGACCUUUCAUUAUAUGGCAGAGUCCUCCUGUCAAAGGCUAAAGGUCUUUCUCAUUUUGUAUAUCCAUCACUAUCUUUAUUUGUUGAGAACAAAAUUGCUAAAGAAAUUAAUAAUAUUUUUUUAGAUUUAAUUUAGAAUCUAAAAAAUUUAAACUGCAGCGCGGAUGGAGGUAUACAUUUUUUUUUUUUUUCUGACAUGAUAAUUAUCUUUAAAAUAAAUUGGCUUAAAAGAUGUCUUGCAAAUCCAUUUGAAAUUUCAUCCCCAAACAUAUUUUUGAUAAAUUUGGUAGCCUUUCCUUUAUUUUGAAAUGUAAUUAUUUACCUUCUAAGCUACCUAUUGCUUUGUGCAAAUUUCAUCAGCAGUGUCUCCUUGCUUGGAAGCUGAGCUAUGUCCAUAGUUUCUCACCCCACAGAACACUUAUAUGGAAUAACAGUGAUAUCACUAUCAGGAAUAAGUCACUUUUUUACCCAAAUGAUUCUAAAAUAAUAUAAACUGUAUACUUUCCUCAUUUGAUGACUCAGGAAAUGUUUUGAUAUAUGAGCAAUUUAUGACUUUCCACAAUUUUCCGGUUACUCCAAAAGAGUUUAGUGCAGUGUUUAAAGCAAUCUCACCUGGGUUAAUUAACCUUAUUAAAAGUCACUCCAUAUAUAAUCCAAGGAAUACAGUUACAGUACAAUUUACUUUACUCUUGGAUGGAAUUGAUCUAUUAGUUAAGAAAUGUACCAAUAGGAAUAUACGCCAAAUUUUUCAAUUUAAAAAGAAAAUGUAUCCAAGUUCUAUUGGAGGUCCUUGGUAGAAGCUAUUUAUUGGAAAGGGCCUGCUUUUACCUGGAAAAUAUUGUAUUUCCAAUAAGGCAAAGGAAAUACAUUUCAAAAGUUUACAUAAAUUAUACCCCUUCAAUUCUAACAUUUCUAAAUAUUUGGACAUUGACAGCUCAUGUUCUUUUUGUAAACAAGCAGAGACAUUUGCACAUUAGUUUUUUGGUUGCCCUAUUUCCAAAUAAUUUUGGUCUGACCUAGGUUUUCACAUAUUGGAUUCUGCCAAUGUUACACACUCUUUCAGUUUAAAAUACAUUAUUAUUUUUUUAUUAUAAUGAUAAUACAAAUAUACCCCUGGAGUAUGUUGUUAAUUGUUUUAUUUAUAUGGCAAAUUCUUCAUUCAUAAGCAAAAACUUGCAAAUGGUAUUCCAUCCUAUCCCCACUUCUUAAAUCUCUUUAUUAUUUAAAGAAUAAAAAAAACUAAAGCACACCCUAAGAUUCCUUAAAUAUUAUGAAGAAAUAUUUAAAGAAAAUGCAUGUAUUUAGAAGCUUUCCUGGUGUAUUAAUGUCUUGUAUUAAUACAACUGUAGUGUCUGUGUCCUUGUCGUGUCGUUUUGCAACUUGUGUUUUGGAUAAUUUUUAUAUAAAUUUUAAUUUAUUUAUUUAUUAUUAUUAUUUGUAUUAUUUUUAGGUAUUAUUAUUAAAUUGUAGCCAUUCUCAAUUUGUUGUAAGAUGUGUGUGGAUGGGCGUGUCAAUUUAUGUAGAAAUUAUGUAUCGUUUUAUUUUGUGUUUGUGUAUUUGAUGUAUUCCCUUGGCAAUGUUCUUAUGUUAUUGUUGUUCGAGCAUUAAAAAUAAAAAAAAUG